AUGUUCUCUAUAGGCUUUAUAGAAUGUCUUGCCGAUGCUGUUCAAGCUGAAUUUCAUUCAUGCGACACACAUCGCUUACCUUCUCUAUUUCCAGGAUCUUUCAGCCUACAAAAUAGAGUCAUUUUACCAAAGUCUUGCUCACUCCGUUCGCUUGCUGCCCCCCUGCAAGAUUCAUUCUUCACAACACUUUCAGUGUAUAUAAGCCUUUUAAGGUUUCCUGAACACUUUCUUGUUGAGGAUUGCGCAUCAUAUGGUUCACUCUUACUAAGAGUUUCAAGAUAUAUUCUACAUCUUCUUACAGCAGAUAGCUACAUUAUAAGUUUUCUUAUUUCAUUCCACUCUCACAAUUCAUCCCAGACUUUCACCCUCGCCUAUCGACGAACUGUUGCAGGCACUACACCUGCAACUGCUAGUUAUACACAUUUAAAUGUAAAUUUUGAGACUGACUGGUCUGUGCUUCUAUUGGGAGUCAAAGCCUGGUGGACGUUGCGCACAGAGGUAAAGCCGCCUUCCCUGUUGAACAUCUCCGAUGAAAAGCGUUACUUUGAGAUCAUAUUCCACAAGAAGGACAAAGGCAAGAUAUUUGAAGCCUAUCUGCCGCAAGUAAUUGCGGAGGCCAAAAUCAUGGAGUUGAAAAAGCGACAACGGAAGAUUUACACCAAUAUAGGUGGUAACUCGCAAUCGCACCCUGCGGCCAGAAGCUCUAGUGUUUGGACGCCCAUGGUUUUCGAGCACCCUGCGACGUUCCAAACCCUGGCUCUUCACCCCGACCUAAAAGAUGACAUAAUCCAGGAUCUCAGAAUAUUUUCUCAGAGGGAAAAGUAUUAUAAGGACGUCGGCCGUGCCUGGAAACGCGGGUAUUUGCUCUACGGCCCUCCCGGCACCGGAAAGUCGACCAUGAUCGCUGCUAUUGCGAAUUUUCUCGAGUAUGACAUUUAUGACCUGGAGUUAUCGGAGGUCAAGAGCAAUACUGAGCUUAGGUCGCUUUUGAUUGGGACUACGAAUAGGUCUGUUAUUGUGAUUGAGGACAUCGAUUGCUCCCUGGAUUUGUCCGGCCGGGUAAAGAAGGCGGAGAAAGAGAGCAGGGGAAUACAUGAAAUCCCGGCGAUAGAUGAGAGCGGCGGUCAUAAUAGCAAGGUGACUCUGUCCGGGGAUUUGAAUUUCACAGAUGGCUUGUGGUCCUGUUGCUGCAGCGAGCGGAUUAUUAUUUUUACGACAAAUCAUGUUGAUCGGCUGGACCCUGCGCUUCUUCGUUCCGGGCGCAUGGAUAAGCAUAUUCAUUUGUCUUUCUGCACUUUUCCCGCGUUUAAAGUUCUUGCUCGAAAUUAUCUUGGCGUUGAAGAUCAUCCUCUGUUUGAACAAGUUGAGGUUUUGAUGAAGGAGGCGCAGAUGACGCCGGCGGAUGUGAGUGAGGAAUUGAUGAGGGUGACGGAUGAUCCCACCGCUGCUCUUGAAAAGCUGAUUGAGGCUCUGCGCCGGGCUAUGGAAAAGGCUGCCGUGAAAAAUGAAAUUUUGCCGGAGACUGAAAGUGAAGAAGCCGAUUUAGUUGAAGAGGAAGCUGCUCCGGUCGCUAUUAUGAGUGAUUCUUCAGACUAUAUGAAGAUGUUUAGAAAUCGAAUGGGAUAA